CCGCGAUGAACAGCUGAUCCUCCUACAGUGGAUAAAACCUUCCACGAUGGUCUCCGUCAGAUCAUGAUGUCUGCUCCUACGCAUGGCACUAUGUGAUUAGUUAUUGGACUAACAGAGAAAGGAAGUUAUUACAAGAAGAAAGAUAAUAUAAAUAUAUAUUAUAUUGGACCUCAAAAUUAAAGAUAAGGUGUUUGAUUUUCCUUGGAUCGGACCGAGCCCAUUGUGCGCUGUUCGGUGCGUAACCGACUCUCCAUCAUGAUAUUGCCAAGAGCGCUUCUCUUCACUUUGUCUUUCUUUUUGGCUACAUUCCUCUGCUACCUGCCUAAAGUCUCAGCGCAGAAGUCUGGAUCACGGUGGCUGAUUGGGGAAAGAGACAGUCACUGCGGGACUAUCUGCUCAAGGACCCUUGGGAAGCAUGUGUGUGGCUCCGAUGGGCGGACCUACGAGACAAACUGUGAGCUACAGAGGGCCCGCUGCAAAGAUAAAACACUGACAAUGGCACAUCGAGGGAGGUGUCGAGUGAAGUUUCUGUUGCCGGCGGCUCCAGCGCCUACCUCCCCGUCUGACGGGAGAGACCCAGAGUCUAAAGAUGCAGGCCAGUCAAAGUGCCUUGUUGAGAGGAACCAGGCUCUGGAGCAGUCCAGGAGGCCUCAGGAGUCCACGUUUAUCCCAGAAUGCAAUGAGGAUGGAACGUUUGCCCAGGUCCAGUGCCACACUCUGACAGGUUAUUGCUGGUGUGUCACCACCGACGGCAAGCCAGUGAGCGGUUCCUCUGUGCAUAACAGGAGGCCUGUUUGUUCAGGAAACUUCAGUGAAAAUAUGGGAACUCAUGCUGGAACGCGUGGAUUCUCAGUUAGGUCAGUAACUGACAGACCACCUGGGCCCCCAAAUGCGGGUAGAAAAGUCUCCUUCCGUUUCUUUCUCACUCUCAACCCAGACGAUGGCUCCAAGCCCACACCGACCAUGGAGACCCACAUCCCCCCCGAGGGUGAGGAGAUAACUGCUCCAACACUAUGGAUAAAACAUCUGGUGUACAAGGAGAAUAGGCAAAACAGCUCAUCUUCUAGAAAGCAAGAAAAGGUUCCCUCUUGUGACCAGGAGAGACAGAAUGCUCUGACUGAGGCUCAGCAAAGUUCUCGAGAGUCCAUCAUAAUCCCAGACUGUGGGUCUGGAGGCCUUUACAAACCAGUCCAGUGCCACCAGUAUACUGGUUACUGCUGGUGUGUUAUGGUGGAUACAGGACGGCCGAUCCCUGGAACUUCAACCUUGUACAAGACGCCAGAGUGUGACGAAGGUGCACGAUCUCAUGCCGCAGACACAGAGGAUCCAUUCAACGACAGACCCUUGCAAGGCUGCCCGGAGGGAAAGAAGGGGGAAUUCAUUACAAGCUUGUUAGACGCCCUUACAACCGACAUGGUGCAAGCCAUAAACUCACCAGCCCCCUCAGGUGGUGGGAGGUUUGUUGAACCUGAUCCCAGUCACACUCUGGAGGAAAGGGUGGUGCAUUGGUACUUUGCCCAGCUGGAUAACAAUGGUAGCAACGAUAUUACCAAGAAGGAACUCAAACCUUUCAAGAGGUACCUGAAGAAGAAAGCAAAACCUAAGAAAUGCGCCCGCAAGUUCACCGACUACUGUGAUCUGAAUAAGGACAAGGCUAUUUCGCUGCAGGAGCUGAAAGGCUGCCUUGGUGUCAGCAAAGAGGGGAGCUCAUUGACAGCUGGCAGCCAAGGGACAAGGCAAGGGACAAAACUGUUCAUAGGCCGUCUGGUGUGAAGAGAGAAGGAGCGAAGCGGCUGAAAGGAGAGCAGAGGGGACACAGGCGAAGCACCUGCACGCUUCCUGACGGGAAGUAAAGACGGAGCAGAAAAAUAAGGAAGUUUCUGAAUAAAAAAAAAAGAGAGAAAACAAGAAAAGCAGCAAAGCGGCGCCAAAAUAUUUGCACUUUUUCCUCCCUAUGUCUGACAUAUUUCUUGCUUUUACAUGUUUUUUAUUUUUUAUUUUGAUGUGACUGAUAAUUCACAAAGUAAGAAUGAGAAUAUAUUUGUAAAGAGACGAUAGGCUCACCACUGGAAGAGCAUGUAUGAGUGUUUCCUCUCCCCUGUAUGUUAAGUCUGCUGUUUUGAUUUGUUCAGUCCAUGUUCUAAUCCGAGGCCUGUCCAAAUAAAAGGUACGCCCCCUGUCUGAUGAGCAGGCAGAUCAGUAGCAAAUCUUAAAGUUCGAUCUAACUGUUACCUGAUGAAGACCCUGAAUAACUAAAAGUGGUAAAUUUUGUUUGCCUGAAACAUGCAAUUUUAGCUAAAACGCACACAUGUCCAAUAAGUGUAACUACCAUUUAAUAAAAUCCAUGAAUUCCCUCAUGCUGCAUGGAUAAUUUAAGAUGCAUUGGAUUUUUGCAACAAGAAAACAUAUGUUUUCCAUAAAUAUAUUAUGCAAGAACAAACUAGCUGUAACUACUUAAAUAUACCGCCCUAAAACUACUGCAAGACAGCUAAGCUUUCUGAAAAAAAAAGAAAACUUAACAAACAGUAUGUUCUCCAAAAGUAUAAAUAGACAAGGU